UGUAAACAACUUUCUCCCGUUCCCCUUCCCCUUCCCUCUCUCCUUCUCUUUCUCCUUCUCCUUCUCUGCCCUCACCCCUUAUCCUUCCUUUCCUCUCCUUUCCCUCUCUCCCUCUGCAUCCUAUCAGGUCUCCUCGUUCAUCCCCGUCCUUCUUCACCAAUCCGGCUCAACCAAACUUUACAUGAUAGAUAGUAGUACAUCCUGCACUGUAUUGCACUUGGUAGGGUACUGUGCCCAUCCCCAUCCACGGAUUAUACAUACCUUUUACUUCUAACCUUGCUCACCACACUCAAUACACUUUAACAUUUUCAUACUCUCCUCGUCAUUACAAUACCAAUACCGAACACCUUCAGUUGAAGAGUUGUCUAUGUUCCUUUGAUAAGAAAGAGCGUAAACUUUACUACACACAAUAUUGUCGACCAUCAUCAUUGUUAAUCAUCUUCAUUGUUAUUAUCGUUUCUGCUAUUGAUUACUUUUCUACCUUUUAUUAACUCUGCGAGCAAUUCCGAUCCUUAUCACUAUCUAUAAUUGUGGCACCGCGCAUCCUGGCUGCCACGACUGGCUCCAUCCAGCCUUCAUCAGCCUUUCCUUCUGGCCUUGCACACUCCUUCUCACUUCGCCAUCGCUCCUUUAUUGCGCACUUUAUCGACAAUCAUAUCUAAUUCUUUCCUUCAAUAUCCAUGGCAUUUCGUCAGUGAGGAAGGAUUUGAGGUAGUAUGUCAGUGUAGUGAGAUGACAACAUGAUACAAAUGCAACGAUCCUCGUCGCUCCCUGGGCCUGGGCAUGCCUCACCUCGUACGUCUCGUAUUUGCGAUAUACGACAUCUUAUUGUUCUCUUAUAUUAUUUUUCUUUUCGUCCUAGAGAAAAUUGCUAAUGCGCCGAAUCGCUAGCCGUUUCCCCAACAAUCACUCAUGUAUCGUCCAGGAGCCCAACCCCUUCUCCUCCAGAGAACGACGGUUUACCACGACUACAUCGAUAUCAGUCGAGAAGUCCACAAAGACCCAUCACCUCUUAUAAGGAGCUGCCAAAUGACAGGGAUGGAAGAUGGACUACUGGCCAGGAUUCUUCGCGUUCGCCAUCGCCCUCACCCACAUCUGCUCAGGACACUCCGGGUGUCGUAGAUAGAUCAUCUACCCCAAAGCCGCAUAACCAGCAAUCUAUAGCUCCAAUGAAGAUGCCUCAGCCUCUAUUGCAGGAUGUUUCUCAGUAUAUGAACACACAAAUAAGUGCAAUAACCGCAAUGACUGCGAAUACGAGCCUGGAGGAGCUUGCCCAUUUGGUUAGAUUGUCUACGUACCAGGAAAAGAAGCGUGUCCAUUCACGCAUUCGUUUGCAGAGAUCCCUGGUAUCAACAGCACUCUCUGCCCGUUUGGCACGGUGUGGAGAAUUGGCACAUAGAACUUUGGUUGAUAACUUUAGGGCUGACGAGAAGAAAAACUUUGCCAACCUUUAUAAUGCCAUACAUGAUGUUCGGAACUCAUGCGAUGCCUCCCGGCGCUUCGCUUUAUUGGAGCCUGAUUUUGACAAUGGACGGUCAAGUAUAUCCGCUACCGAGGAUACAGGACUUAUGUUGAACUUCAUGCACGAGAUUCCCUUACGAUCUCGUGAGUGCCUGCUUAAUUUUUUGACCCAAAUCAGGACCAACUCGGAUUAUUUAGCUAGUCGUAUAGCCAGCCUUACGCCGACGGAGUUGUCGGCCUUGACAAGUUUCCAUCAAGGUUUAGAAGCCGUCGAUUCUGUUCUGCCCUUUCAUACCCGUUCCAAGGGCCAUACAGCCAGUGCCCAUCGCAAUUUUUCGCAUAUCCCUUCUGCAGUUGAGCGUUUACUUUCUUUUCAGCGUCAUGAUCCUUUAUCUGCCUUGAUUCAUACUUGUUUUGCAAAUUCGGCUGGUCCCGAUUCCCUAGAGGACCUUAGGAGAACAGAUGUGUGGGCCACAGCAUGCGCCAGAUUAAUUACUGAGAGCAAAAGCGGGACGGACCCCUUUAUCUGUAGUGUUUUGAACGUCUGGACCACUAUGAGGGACUGGUCGGGACGGGGCAAUAUGGAAUGGUAUUUGAUGAAAAUCCUUGAGGAUGGAGCUUUUUUAUUGGAGAAAGCCGAGGACCAGGCUGGUACCCGUAUACAUGUUGAGCCGCGGAAUGCAAAGGACUCUAUAGCCGCAGAUGAAUUUUAUGAUGCAGCAAUUCAUGGUCUUUUCGGUAUCAUUGACGACCCAGGUGCUGGAGGUAUUCCAGAAGGCUUAAUCGAACUUGGUAACGCCAUACUCCGAAAACUCGACCCCAAGAGACACGGACCUACCAGGAGAUUUUUAGUAUCAAAAUGGCUAUUCUCUGUCUUUUUAUUGAAUGCAAUAAUCCACCCAGAGGUAUAUUGAAGCCCUCCUUAAGACAAUUCACCCACUGACACAUACAGUCAUAUGGAAUGAUGUCAGAAUAUCACAUUACGGAAUAUGGUAGGCAAAAAAUACUGAAAGAGGUUGCGAUGCGUGCACAGCGCCUUGUCGUUGAUAUGACCUGGUAUUACUAUUCUUGCAGUUGCUAGCCCACCUUUAUUAACUCUAUCAACAGGAAUAAGUCCUCCCCACCACCAGCAAUUAAAGCUCACAUAGAGAAUAUCUUGGCACGUUUCCGUUCCGCAAGACCGUCAAAGUCCAUUGCAAAGCUGCUUCCCGCAAGGUCAAUUACCUCUUUAAGGGAGACAGCCGAGGUGCAUCCUUAUCUUGUUUUAGCACCUGCUGACCUACUGACCAUGGCAAAUGCAUUGUUUCCGGAAAGACGACCUGCAUCAAGUUUCUCCAUGAAAGAUUCCCAUCUCAGUGGCUUGCGAUCCGCGGCUUCUUCUGUCUCAGGAAUGUCUGCCAUAUCAGUGCUAAUACCGCAGCCGCCUAUUCGUGAAAGUUUAGACAGUGCUUCCAUCAUGAGUAAUAGUGGCUCAUCCACGAUUAGUGACGUAACUACAUCAAGAGAGCCCCUACUUAAUGAAACAUCGAUCAUACAACAACGAGCAUCGUCCAUAUCAGUAUCAUCUAAUCGUCAAAACCAACGACUUAGUUAUUAUGAAGACGAUGGUUUCGAGCUCCGGGAAGCUCUCCAAGAGAUGUCACGUGCUUUAGGUAGCAAUACAACCUCCGGGGCAUGCCAUCCUUGCGCCGAACGAUGGACUGUUUUAUUCAUGACACCGGACGGACAGGGACUGUCAACUCAAAUGCUCCAUGAUGACGACGAAGAUGAUGAAGAAGCUACUUCUAGCAGUGACACAGAUGAGGAUAACAAUGGAGUUCGUUCAGAUCUUGAUAAAGACUAUCAUCAGUUAAGAAGUUCCAUUCUUAAACUUGUCGAGGAUUAUGAAAUUCCCGAAUCGCUUGACUCGAGAAGUGAAUCAAAGACUUUCAGCAAUCGCACAUCAAUUCUGGAGACUCCUCGUAGGAAGUAUCACAGCAAGCCAAAGUCAUUAGCUCAGAUACAAUCGAGAAACCCCUAUCGCACUCGGGAUCAAUCUCCAAGAACAGAUAAACCUUCUAGAGGGACUGAUACUAAGCAUGCAAGACAAAGAGCUGAAACAGAGACCGAGCUACCUUCUGUUCUGAUUUCUAUGCUAGAAGCUGCGGAGUCCCAAUGCAAGGCACAGUCUGAUUUUAUUAACGCUCAUCUAUACUGGAAAACUCUGAGACAGCUCAAUCAAAUGUCAUCCGCUUCACUGAAGAAGGAUGGCUUUGCAUCUCUCCUGACUAUUCUCUCUAGGGGACCCAGGGACUGCAUCCGACGCUCUACCAGUGCCAUCGAAGAAUACGACGCCUGGCUGGUUUGGCUUAAACAGUCACAAGAACGCCAUGAUACAACAAUUGAAUCUAUGAUGAAACGUCUGAAAGCUCUCCGUGACAAAAUGUGGUAUGUCACUGACGUUCGGAAUUCGGCAGCGUAUGAGGGCACUCGAAAUAUUGCCAUAGCUCUGAAGUGCAUGGUUUCACCAAAGAAAGGAUCCCAUCUGGAUAAGUCUAACACGCGCUCUCGCAAUAUCGCGAAACCAGUAGCAAAUAAUUUUCUUCUGAAGACAGAGGCGCAAGUCAUGGACAUGAUGGCUGCUAAUGAGGACCAAGGCGGUCCAAACAAGCUGUCGGACGAGCAAGCAGAGAAGACCCUGAGGUGGCUGUCUCAAUUUGGUAUCGAAAACUUUUGCAAGGGCGAAGAAAGAAUCCAUAGAUUCAGCUUGGAGAUCGAAACGUGCAUCAAUAAACUCGUUGGAGAUAAUUUGAUGGAAGGGCCUGUUCUCUGGUCUAGUGAGCUUUACAAUAGAGAUAAACGGAUAUUGGACAGCGGAAAACAAAAAGGCGAUCUUUCUUUCAAUAGUUUUGGAUCUCUGAAUCUGUCCGGGGAAGACUUGACUGAUACCGAUAGCACACGCCGUGGCCUACGCAGUACAGACUUCAAUCGUCCUGGGUUCCAUGAUCUUCGGGCUAUGUCUACCAGGAAUAAUUCCCAGCAAAGUUUCAGCUCAGGAAGAUUCAGCACAUUACGGAUAAAUCCUCCAGGGGAUCUUAUGGACUCACAGGAUUAUUUUGGGAUGGCAAGUCCUGUAUUGACAAUAGAUUCUGCAACGACUUUCUGGUCACCUCUUCAAACCCGAGCUCAGUCACCAACCACGAGCGUCAGUAGUCAUCGCCCAGAUACUGCCUCAUCUACCAACGAAACUAUAAUGCUAAAGGAUGACCACAUAAACGCGGCUAAGCAGCGAUUCUUGACAGAUUUGAAGCAGACUUUGACGAGUUUGCUACUGAGUGACCUUGGCACCCUCGUUUUUGCUCGUGGGAGCGAGACAGAUUCUUGGUUUUCGGGCUCUAUAGGUCAAGACUGUAUCGAAAGAAAAGAUCGCGCAGAUAGGAGAGCCAGGAGGAAGAGUAGAAAGCGUGUAAUUGAAAAAAAGAAGAGCUUCGGGGAUCUUCGCGGAGCUCAAAAGAUAGAACAACUCCCAAUGGAACGCCAAGACUCUCAUGGCGAAAAUGCAGAAAAGGGUUGCACGUCAAGUAACAAAAGUCUUCCAGAUACUGGAGCUUCGGAAAACCGUUCUACCACGGGAAGUUCUUCCACUAGCGAUUCUGUCAGCACAAGGCCUAGGAAGGGUACGAUCAGAGCCGCAAAAGAGUCAGAUAAUUUGGAGUUUCCUUACAGAAUGGCUUUUCAGCGCUUAUUGCGCAUGUUUUCUGUUCAUCCCAAUCCCUACGCCAAGCUCAACGCGUUGUACGAGCUGGAGCAUUUGAUAGUAGCAUACUUGACACCGUCUACCACGAGGCGGCCUAGAGUGCGACAGGAGCCCGCACCCACUUCCCCGCAGUCCCCGGAAAUUUCGCACCACAAUGCCUUCGGGCCUACCGAUGCCACAACAACCACCCCGAUGGCAAAAACUCUUGGAGAAGCGAUUGACAAUUGCAAAGAGCGUCGGUCCCAUGCACUCAAUCAAGGAGAUAACCCUUCGCCAGCCAACCGAAAUACUGAACGAUAUCCGAGCUCAAAUGUGCCAACUGCCGCGAGUACGGAUAUGAUUGUCGAAGUCUUGCAAGACCUGUUCCGCGACGCAGACAUGAGGCCAAAGACAUUGUUCCGCGAUCUACAGUUCAUUGCUUCAUUUAUCCCAGCUGCUACUUUAGACAAAACUGAACGCGGAAAAGCUUUCUGGGACGCUGGACUUGCCGCACUUGGUCUGAAACAAGAUGUCUGUCGCACACUCAUAGAAAUCGCAGAUGAGAUAGUGGUACAUUACACCCAAACCCGGAAGACAACAACCAUGGUACCAGACUCGUCGUCUCUUAACGGCGAACUGAUGAAAUAUAGCAUGCAAGAUGCUGCUAAUAUGUGGUCAAUUACGGCUAAAGAAGGGGACCCAGUGGCAGAGCGAGAACUUGCCAUAUUUUAUCUGACCCACCCUGAAUUGGUGGAACGAAUUACUGCUCCCCUGAGCAAACCUCGCGAAACUUUUAAAGCACAGGUCAUGGAGAUGCAUCAGGGCAAAGAAGGUGUGGUGACAGAGAGGGAUAGAGAGAGGAGCGAUCCUGCUACCAUGUGUGUUGCCUAUCAUUGGAUGGAGCUAAGUGCACUUGGCGGAGACGAACUGGCAAAGAAAUAUCUGCGGCAGCGCGAGGAACUGAACGCUAUUCCAUGAAACAUGAUUGAUGAUAUGACAGGAAUUUUGAUAUGCGCAUAUUACUUCGCAAACGAGACCAUGAAUGAGGCUGUAUAUACCAUUGGCGGAGUUCAUUUUCAAAUAUUUUAAGAGAUACCUUUUUCUUCGUCGCAACAGUAAUAUGCCAAUUUCUUUUUUUAGUUCGGCAUACUUUACCUCUGUACAUAAUGCUUCAUGCAGUUCUUGAGUAUUUGAUGCUGGGGUUUUUGUUACCCAUCAGCGUAUAAUGAAAAUUUGAAAUAUGUCACGUG